AUGUUUGCGGCGGAGAAUGGUCUGAAAGGAGAUCCAAGGCUGGAAGCUAUAUCGGCAGCCAUCAGAGUGGUUCCUAAUUUCCCUAAGAAAGGAAUUAUGUUUCAGGACAUAACAACGUUGCUGCUGGAUCACAAGGCGUUUAAACAUACAAUUGAUAUCUUCGUGGAUCGCUACAAAGACAUGCAAAUCUCUGUCGUUGCUGGUGUGGAAGCAAGAGGUUUCAUGUUCGGUCCUUCCAUUGCCUUAGCCAUAGGCGCAAAGUUUGUCCCUUUGCGUAAACCAGGAAAAUUACCAGGGAAAGUGAUAUCGGAGUCUUAUGAGCUCGAGUACGGACAUGACCGUUUAGAGAUGCACGUGGACGCUGUUCAGUCACGAGAACGCGUCAUUAUUAUCGACGAUCUCGUCGCUACCGGGGGCACACUCUCUGCUGCCAUUAGUCUUAUGGAAAGCGAGGGAGCUGAGGUUGUGGAGUGUGCUUGUGUUAUUGGCUUGCCUGAAGUUAAGGGCCAACACAAGCUGAAAGGAAAGCCUCUCUACGUACUGGUGGAGCCAAGUGGGUUAGAUGAUUUCUGUUAG